AGAAGAGGGGAGAGGAAGGAGAAAGGUGAGGAAAGGUGGAGCAGGAGAGCAGAGUCGAGGGACCGAAGAAACAGUGGAGUAGGGGGGAACGGCAGCCGAGUGAGAGAGCUGGUCCGGUGCUGGCGGCCUCCGCGUGCUCCCCGGGCUCCGGGCAGGGGCUCGGCGGGGGCGCCAUGCCAGGGGGCUCUUAGUGUGGCCGGGGUCGCCUCCCGGAAGAGUCCGGGAGGCAGGGGGCAUGUCCAUGGCUAGAGCAGCGCCCUGGCGCCCGCUCCCCGGGCUGCUGCUCUUGCUGCUGCUGGCGUCGGACGGGACGCAAGGCCGGGCGCCUCUCGAGGCGGGGACUCAGGACAAGGGCGAGACGAAGCCCGGUGCGGGCGGCAGCCCCAGCCCCAGGCCCGAGAAGGCGCUGGAGGCGCCCAGUGAGUCCCCAGGAGCGGGCGGAGAAAGGUGUUUGGGCUAUUACGACGUGAUGGGUCAGUGGGACCCGCCGUUCAACUGCAGCACGGGGCCGUACCAUUACUGCUGCGGGACGUGUGGCUACCGCUUCUGCUGCCGGAACGCCCCGCGCCGCCUGGACCAGAGCCGCUGCUCCAACUACGACACGCCCAGCUGGCUGCAGACCGGCUCUCCGCGCUCGUCCGGAGGCUCCCUAGACGGCGGCGCGGGGAGCUCCGGGGCGCCCAGCCCGACUCGCGACCGUGCCCACGUAGCCGUCUACAGCGUGUGCGGUGUCGCGGCUGUGCUGGCGCUCGGCGCCAUGCUCACCCGCCUGGGACUGGACAAGGCGCGCAGCCCGCGGGCUGAGCGCGCUGUGGCCAGGACUCUGACUGACCUUUUGAAACAGCCCGGGCAGAGCCCCUCGGCCCCACUGCCCCCACCCCUGGGGAGCAGUGCGCAGCUGCAGAUGGGAGACAGCCUGCCUCGGGGCUCCCCCCGAAAUAGCACAGACAAAAAGCACUUGAACCACGCCUCUCUGGGGACUCCCAUGCCGCCCUCCCUGGGGCUUGGCCCUUCCCACGGACCCCGGCUGCACCCGGGCAGCAGCGUGGCCCUGCAGCCCGACUACAUCAAGCACGCCACCCCGAAGGCCGCCGAAAGUACCUCUGGAGAAUUCUACAAACGCUUCCCGUUGGUGGAUGUGCCUGUGCCCAGCACCGUGUCCCUCCCACCCCGGGUCCCCAGGCACCACAAGGAUCUGCCCCUGCUGCUGGACGGCUGCCCCUGGGCCACGCCAGGUCCCAGGGCCAAAGGGCUAAGAAGUGGUACUCGGCCAUCUGCCUUGGGGCCGAGCCCAGGGCCCCCCAGCUGCCCAGGCUGGGCCACUUCUCGGGUGCCUCCUAGGACCCCCCGUGGGUCCCGGACCCAGCCCUCCCCAGCUCCACGGCGGGCUCCAGGCCAUGUGCCCAAGCGUCAGUUCAGUUCAGAGCAGCUGAGUGAGGUCUUCAGUCACCAGCCUACUGGGGGGCCCCGCCAUCUGACCACCAAUAGCAAGGCUGAGGUCACAGUGUGAGGCCUCCCACUCCAGCUCCUCCUGGUGAGGGGCCUGCAGAAGCAGGGCUGGUGGCUGGAGAGCCCAGGCCCGGAUCUCCCGGGAGUGACCGACCUGACGUCCUCAGCCCUUAGGGCCCGUCUGGGUCCCUGCACUGUCACAGAUCUGGAGUCUAGGGAACUGGAUUCUAGGCCUGACCGCAGCUUCUUGUCUAUAGGACCCUGGGCAAGAUCAUUCCCCUCCGGGCCUGGGUCCUUCCCCUGGAGAAUGAGGGGCUGGUCCAGGGAACGUUCCCUAGAGCUGCCUGGCUGCCUUCUGUCUCUGAGCCAUCCCCAGGGCAUGUCCCCUCCCCCAGCCCAAGGCCAGACACUCCCUGGUUGGCUGGGGGGUCACCGAGCUCUGGCCUGUUUCUCUACUUCAGUAUCAAAGACUGCUGCCCUCGGUGGGAUUUGGAGCCUGCCUGGCUCACAGGUCCCUUCUGUCCAAAGGCCCUCUCGACCUUGGGCCUAAGGGCAGGAGUGGGGAGGAAGAAUGGGGCUGGGGGCAAGAAGAUGGAGGAAAGGGGGCGGUGGAGAGCAGGAAGCUGCAUCUAUCUGGGGUCCUUUGUAAAUAAAUCCAGCC